CCUGUGUGUUCUGUAGGAGUCAUCAUUCUGUGUUGUUCUGCGAGGGGCCCGGCUCGGCCAAGCCACGCUUAGUGACGUGCUGCAGGCUGGAUGUGUCCCUGUCAUCAUGGCUGAUUCUUACAUUCUGCCUUUCUCUGAAGUGCUGGACUGGAAAAGGGCGUCUGUUGUCAUUCCAGAAGAGAAGCUGCCAGAGAUGUACACUAUUUUGAAGAGCAUCCCUCACAGACAGGUGGAGGAGAUGCAGAGACAGGCCCGCUGGUUCUGGGAAGCCUACUUCAGCUCCAUGAAGGCUAUUGGCAUGACAACUCUCCAGAUCAUUAACGAUCGCAUCUACCCCUAUGCAGCUCGUACCUACGAAGAGUGGAACAAUCCUUCUGUAGUUAAAUGGUCAAGUGUGAACAGUCCACUUUUCCUUCCUCUCAUACCGCCACGUUCACCUGGGUUCACGGCUGUCGUCUUGACCUAUGAUCGAAUCGAAAGUCUUUUUAGGGUCAUCACUGAGAUCUCCAAGGUGCCCAGCUUGGCCAAACUACUGGUGGUGUGGAACAACCAGAACAAGAGCCCCCCUGAAGAGUCGCUUUGGCCCAAAGUCACAGUACCUCUUAAAGUGGUCCGCACCAAAGAAAACAAGCUCAGCAAUCGCUUCUUCCCAUUUGAUGAGAUCGAAACAGAAGCUGUCCUGGCCAUUGAUGAUGACAUCAUCAUGUUGACCUCAGAUGAGCUGCAGUUUGGAUAUGAGGUGUGGCGUGAGUUUCCAGAUAGGCUGGUUGGAUAUCCUGGACGGCUCCACUUGUGGGACCACGAAAUGGGCAAGUGGAAAUAUGAAUCUGAGUGGACCAAUGAAGUGUCAAUGGUCUUGACUGGAGCUGCAUUCUAUCAUAAGUACUUCAACUAUCUCUACACGUAUAAAAUGCCCGGAGACAUUAAGAACUGGGUGGAUGCUCAUAUGAACUGUGAGGAUAUUGCCAUGAAUUUCCUUGUGGCCAACAUCACUGGCAAAGCCCCAAUAAAGGUUACUCCUCGGAAGAAAUUCAAGUGCCCGGAGUGCACAGCGAUUGACGGGUUGUCGCUGGACCAGACACACAUGGUGGAAAGAUCUGAGUGCAUAAACAAGUUCGCCUCUGUGUUUGGCACCAUGCCUCUGAAGGUUGUCGAGCACCGUGCCGAUCCUGUACUCUAUAAAGACGACUUCCCAGAGAAACUUAAAAGUUUCCCCAACAUUGGUAGUCUGUGACACGACUACAACUCUUUCCCACCACUUUUAUCUCUCAGACAGUCUAUGGGCACUCCAGGAUUUCUCUUUCCCAUUCUGUAUCUGACCUAAUGACUUUUGAGGAGUGCCAUUCCAUUAGUUUUUUAAUGGGAAAUGAUGCACUGUAUAACUUAUCAUGUUUUCACUCUUGAGGACGGUUGCUGAAACAGGACGACACAUCGAGUCAGUUGGUGAUUUCUGUGAGGACAGGUCAGAGUUUGGCUCAGUCUUAAACCUUCCUUGUGGCUGACACUAUAUCUGUGUGAGGAAAGUGAACACAUAGAGAUGAUUCACAGCCCACUGGUAAACAGUGGAGGAUAUAUAUAUA